GCUGAGCUCCCACAAAUCACUUUGUCACCAGCACGCUCUGACAAGCACCGAGAGAGAGCGAGAGAGAGAGAGACAGGGAGUUAAAUAGAGGUGCGAAUAGGGGAGUCCCGUCAGAGGAGACUCAGGAGGGGAAGGUGUGAAGGAGCUGCAAAGGGCAUAAAAGGAGGCAACACCGAUGGAUGGAUAAGGCGACUCUCAGAACAGUGUGAGGGACUGGAUCGCUGCUGCUGCUGCUGCUGCUGUGGAUGGUAUACGCUCAGUGAAAGAGAAGAGAGGGCCUGCUUGACAUCACGUCCAUGUGCCGGCCAGCCCUGCGGGAUCGGUGAAGAAACCCUGUGGGUCGAGGAGGACAGGAAGCAGUGUCAGCUGAAACGCCCCAGACUCCGAUAUUAAGUACCUUGAGCUCUGCCAGAACCACUCUUCUUUUAUUAUUAUAUUUCCCUUCACAUUCGCUCUGCUGCCCUCCGAGGACAUGUAAAGAGGAGACACGUGGAUGAUUAAAAUAUUCUGCUCCAAGUGAGACGGGAUUCGGAGGGGGUUGGUGGAUUGUGGACUCGUUGAGGGUCUCCUGAGUCUUGGGUGUUGCUGUCCGUGUGUGCGCCAUUGGACGAGCUGGGCCUCUGUUUGACUUUGACAGCUCCACUGCGGGCCUCAUUUCAGCGUCUGGGACGUCAUCGCGUUACCUGUGCGGCUGAGUCACUAGACGUCUGUCCACCCACUGGGAGAUUCUCUCCCUUCAUCUACUCAAAGGAGACACAAGUGUUAUUGUUUUUCCAGCAGCAGCGACAGAGGUGGCACCAGUAGUCCUGAACUCUCUGGACUUUCCACACUGCUUUAUUUGUUCUGCUGGUGUGUAAACACCUCGCGUCACUCACACCCCACACACACACACACCUUCCAGAGGCGAGUGAAAAAGGGGAGGGAGGAUUCGCUGAGAACCAGAGUGCGCGAGCAGUCGCAGGCGGUCGGGUCGGCACCAUGAAGCUGGCAUUCUUGGCCCUCGUGGCCGUGUACACGCUGGGCAACGUGAGCGGCAUGUCCACGUGUAAGACGCUGGACCUGGAGAUGGUGAAGAAGAAGCGCAUCGAGGCCAUCAGGAGUCAGAUUCUCAGCAAACUGCGCCUGCCGAAAGAGCCCGAGCCGGAUCAGGCGGGAGACGAGGAGGAGAUCCCGACCACCCUGCUGUCCCUGUACAACAGCACCAAGGAGAUGCUGAGGGAGCAGCAGACCGAGGUCCUGACGGACAUCUCCACGGAGCAGGAGGAGGAGGAGUACUUCUCCAAGGUGCUGCACAAGUUCAACAUGACCUCGAAAAACGACACAGGGACCACCAAGGCCUCCAAAAGAAUCCCGAUGUUCUUCAACAUCUCGGAGAUACGGGAAAGUGUGGGAGAUUACCACCUGCUGACCAGCGCCGAGCUACGGAUGCUCAUCAAGCAAACCACCAUAGCGUCUGAGCAGCGGGUGGAGCUGUACCAGGGUCUGGGGGCGUCGCCCCGCUACCUCGCUUCCCGCUUCGUCACCAACAAAUGGAAAGACAAAUGGCUGUCCUUCGAUGUCACUGAGACCCUGCAGAACUGGCUCAAAGGCACUGAGGAUGAGCAGGGUUUCCAACUUCGGCUGUUCUGUGAAUGCGGCCAGUCAGGUGUCGACAGUAGCUUCAGCUUUACCAUCUCUGGCAUCGAGACUGGUAGGGGAGACACAGGAAUGUUACAAAUGAUGACAAAGCAACCACCCUACAUCCUGACCAUGUCCAUCCCUCAGAACAGCAGCAGCCACCUCACCUCGCGCAAAAAACGCUCCACGGACACAACGGCCACCUGCACAGCCCAGACGGAGACCUGCUGCGUACGGAGCUUGUACAUCGACUUCAGGAAAGAUCUAGGCUGGAAGUGGAUACAUAAGCCCACGGGCUACAACGCCAAUUACUGCAUGGGGUCCUGCACCUACAUCUGGAAUGCUGAAAACAAAUAUUCUCAGAUUUUGGCCCUGUACAAGCAUCACAACCCAGGAGCCUCUGCCCAGCCGUGCUGUGUUCCCCAGGCACUGGAGCCUCUGCCAAUCCUCUACUACGUGGGCAGGCAGCACAAGGUGGAGCAGCUGUCCAAUAUGAUCGUGAAGUCCUGCAAGUGUAGCUAAAAAUACGGCACGGCACACUGCUCCGCCCGCCGCUCUCGAACACUCACUCAAGAGCUGUGUUGGAGAGCACGGGGGAGGGGAGCAUGUGACGGAGGCAAAGGGGAAGCGAAAAUAUUUGAAGUCAUCGGGAUCUUUGCGGUUACCACCAUUCCUACUGCAGGAACUCUUCAUAUCGAUAUUAAAGAUAUCAUUUUCUAAGUGUCUAUACCUUCCCCUUAAAGUAGUACAAAUAUCUGUCUUGAAAUGAAUUUCUUUAUUUGUUGGAGGGACAGAUCUGUAAAGAAGUGUAUAUACAUGUGAUUUAUAAACACCCCCACCACCAAAAAAAAAGAAGGUGGAUCAAGGAUGCCAAAGGACAUGAGGACCAAAGUGAGCUUGAUGGAAGAAAACUUUCGUUUUCACUCAUGAUUGUCUGGGACUUUUGUUAUUUCCAUAUCAUUUACUUAAUGAGGUCCCAGUUAAAGGUGCUGAAAGUCCCAAGUAUGGAAACCAGUAGCGGUCAUUGGGUUUUUUCCUGGAUCCAUAACACCACAGGUGUUUUUGAAAAGGACAGCAGCCGACCUUUGGGACAGUCCGACCUGAGGAAACUGCCCCUGACUGAGAUGCUGGAGCUGUCAUCCAACUGAGCGACGCUUCACACGAACCGUUUUACUCUUUGUUUGUUUUUUCAACCCACGUGAUUUAUACCCUCCUUUGUUUUGUUCUCAUAGCUGUUAUGCCAGUGUGUCCUUAUGAAGCCUCCCGUGUUGUCAGAGAGCAUGAGUAAUAUCAGGGGAUGUGAGAGUGAUGACAACGUGUUUCUUGUCCUCCCUCUCAGGUUUUACAGCCAGCGGGUUGUCUUCAGGGGGUGAGGGUGAGGGGAUGUGGCUGUGGUGUCGGUUUUAAAGAAGCCGUUGAGACUCAAUACACACAUUUGCCUUUCGUUUUGUCCUAGUAAAGUAGGGGCAACUUUUUUUUUUUCCUACUCAUCUGAAAGUGUGAUGCAUUUUGCACAACUCAAGAAACAACCCAAAACGUUAUCGUGCACUUACCAUUUGAAAUUUGCAUUUGUACAUAUGUUUAACAAUUUGAAAUAAAAGUUGAUGUUAAAUUAUCACGUCAGAGUGAAAGAUUUCUGUCAGCAAAAUAAAACCACAUACGGUGUUUACAGACA